UCUUCUGUGCAGCCGGUAGCGUCUGUCACUCCAAACCCCAAACCGUGUGUGUGGAGUUCAAAAUACACUAAUAAAGUCACACACAGCCGUAUAGGGUAGGUGCACACAACUUGGACACUCACUUACAACAGUGUAUAAAGACAUGCAUGCGUUUAACAAACCACAGUUUGGGCCAGAACGUGCAGAACGUGGCUCGGUCCAUAAAUAAAGCGAGUCUAGCAGAGGAGUUAAAAUUAGCCCGAGUGUAGAAGGGCAAAGCUAGCAUAGCAUAGCAUAGCAUAGCACUUUGGCUAAUAACAAUUAGCCGUUCUGUUACAUAAGAGUUCAAGCACUGCAUACAGACAGAAAAUCAGUACUUGUUUUUUCUUGUACUAGUUGUCUAUUUAGAGUAGUUUAAUUCGUGUAAUGUAAUAAUUAUUACUUUUGUUUGCAGUGUUGUGUUUUUUUUUGGUGCUUGCGUUGCUUGCCACUCUUCCCACUGUCACUACAGGAAUCAAAACAAAGCGUCUAGCUGAAGGAAAUGCUUCUACAACCGAUGAUGUGAUGCUUAAAGAGAAGCAUGGACUUAAUCUCUGAGAUACACAGAAGUUUACAUCAGCUCUGUUUAAAGCUUGUGGAGUUUCAAAUGCUGAGCCAUGGAUGACGAGGACAGCCAGGAUGAGCUGAUCAACAAAAACAUUUCCUGUGGAAAAGGCAAAAGACCUUCUGCCUCCAUUCUCUCUGAUGAAGAGGAAGAUGGUGAUGACUCACAUGAGGAAGGUUCAGACAGUGAGGAAGAUGAUGAUUCCCAGGAUGGAGAAGAGGACGGUGAUGAGGAUGAGGAUGAGGAAGACGAGAGUGAUCAUGAAGAUGGUGUAAAGGAGAUGGAGGGAGCAGUAGGGGCACAGCCAACUGAUCUUGGGCUGAGUUCAGAUGAGGAUGCGGAGAAAUGCCCUAUCUGCCUCAACUCCUUCCAUGAGCAGCCGGUAGCCACGCCCCAGAACUGUGAACACUACUUCUGUCUGGACUGCAUUCUGGAGUGGGCCAAGAAUGCCAACUCUUGUCCGGUUGACCGCAUAGUCUUCAGUAACAUCCUGCUGAGAAAAUGCCAUGGAGGAAAAGUCCAGAAGACGAUUACAGUUCAGAGGCCAGUGACAAAUCAACAAGAGGAACAGGUGAAUGUGGAACUGGAGCAGACCAGCUGUGAGGUGUGCGGAGGGACAGACAGAGAAGAUCGCCUGCUGCUCUGUGAUGGCUGUGAUGCCGGGUAUCAUAUGGAGUGUUUAACACCUCCCCUGGAUGCUGUGCCUGUGGAGGAAUGGUUUUGCCCAGAAUGUGCACCAAACAACCGCAACAGAAGGGAAGCGCGGUUGAGUGAGGAGGAGGAGAGCAGUCUUCCUACCACCAGCCGCUCUCGGCCAUCAGGCGCCAGACCCAUGCGUGCAAUUGCACGGACGCAGCACAGCGAGAGAGUCCGAGCCAACGUCAACAGACACCGUAUCACACAGGCACGCACUGCUGCACAGCUUGCACCUCAGUACCUGAUGCAGUCCACCUGGCUGGAUGAAACCAUCAAUGCUGUAGUUGCUGGUCUUAACACAGCCGUGUAUGUGAGGGACUUAACGCCCCGCCGAAGAGCUCGCAGGAGACGCAGGAGAGCUCCAAGAAAGAAAGCCAUAAAAGAAGGGAAGGACAUUAAGAGUAAAACCUCAACCACAAAAGUGAAAAGGCGGAAACGUAAAGUGAGGAGAACGAAAUUAAGAAAGGCGGUGGCAAAAAAGAAGACCACAGCUCAGGGCCGCAUUGCACAUAAUCUGGGCAUAAAGAAACCCAGUCGCAGCUCUUCUAUCCCCUCUGUAUACCGUCCAUGCGAGCAAACACUAGGCAGCAUGAGAGCGGACAUCGGGGCAGCAUCCCUUUCCAUUUAUGGAGACCCCUUUGAUCUCGAUCCCUUUGACAGUGGGGAUGAGGAGAUGGAGCAGUCUCCAGUUCAGCCUUCUUUGUUGGAAGCGAAACGGCGGGGUUUGUCCCGUUCUGCUCUGCGAUCACACCAGCCUGUGGCCAGACCCAUACUUGGUGGGUUGUCCAGGCGAGGACAUGGUAUCCCUCAGGUGGAGGAGGUGGCUGAAGCCGCACCAGUCCCAGACUUGCUGGGAAGUAUCCUCAGCGGCCAAAGCUUGCUGCUGAUGGACAGCUCUGAUGUGGUUAUCAACAGAGAUGGCUCUCUUAAAGCCCCCAAACCUGCCUGUUUGUCAUCCGCAAGGAGCAGCAUCACGGGAAGCUCUGCUUUAGAACGGACACCUUCCACAGGAGCAGCCGAAUUUCACUCCAUCACAGAGUCUGCACCUUGCACCAGCCCUUCAACAAACUCAUCACAAAGUUCAUUACGGCUUGAUCCUUCCAGCGUAACACAUUCAACACCCUGCCCAUCCGUUUCCCAUGCACCUCCAUCUGUUCUCGAACACCCACGCUUAUCUACACCUCUUCCACGCAGGCCAACGCCCACAACCUCAUCUGGAACUGGUCACAGUCAAUUGGGCACCUGUAGCAUUAGAGGUCAACCUCCUGUAAGGGUUACAAAUGGGGCUCCUGACUCUCAACUUGGAGAGGCGCGAAGUACCAUAAACAUCCCUGCAAAAAAGCCUCCCCCGAAGCCAGUAUGGGUGGAUGUGUCUGUGUUGCCAAGAAUACCAAAGAUUAAAAGAGAAAACAGUUCUGUGCCACAUGGCAGCACAGGGAGCAAUACCAACAACUUUCCAGAAUCUCCCAUGACCAGUUUAGCGGGUGACAAAGGCCGGCAAAAUUCAGUUGAUCAACAUCGAGCGAGUGAAAGUAGGCAGGGUAGGCAAAUAGAUGGCCAGAGGCAAAGACUGGACAGAGCUGUGCCCUCGUCGUCUUUUUCUAACUCUUUCUCUACUCCCUCAACCUCUGCUAGUUUAACAUCAAAUUCACAGCCUUCCUCUUCUUCUGCUAUUAGUUUUCGCAUUAGCAGCAGUGGAAACCCAUGGCACGCUCGGCGGCUUUCAGUACCUGAUCAAGCCCUGCUUGCAAAAGAUAAGGGAUCUGUGAAGAGAAACAAGAAAGACAAGCAGAAAUUGCUGUCAUCUUAUUCACAGGCUAAAAAGACCUCUGUGGAGAGUGAGGUCUAUGAUCCCUUUAAUCCCACAGGAUCUGAUGCCUCAGACUCUGAAGAUGAGAAUGAUGAGAUGGAAAUGAAUCUACAAAGCCCACCACCCACUGUACAAACUGUGGGGCCAGAUGAAGACACUGAAAAUGAAAUUAAAACAGAGUCAAUGGACUUGGAUUUGCCUGUGAACGAUGAAAUGUCUGGAAUGAAAGUGAAAGUUAAAAAGGAGCCAGCCUCUCCCAAUGAUGACUCGUGGUCAUCACCUUCUCAUCAGCCAGUCACCCUUCUUGCGGAUUUUGCAGCAUACACUGGAAGCCCUGUGGUCUCUGAUGCUGACAAGAGUGGAAAUACCCCAGCUCUGCAUCAUUCCAGAUCUAGCUCACCCUCCAGUCACCACAGUGACCAAAAGAUCAAGAUGGAGCUUAAGUCUGAACCAGAUCUUGAACCAGCUCCAGUGAAAUCUCCAGGUGUGUUUCAGGUAACCAAAGGGAAUGGGUUUACACAUGAGCUGUCAUCGAAAUCAGGAGGUUCUGAUAUAAAUCACAAGAGUGAGAAGAAAGAAAUAAGAUUACCAUGUGCUAGUUCAGGAGAGGAGAAGAGGUCACACUGUGUUUCCAACAGCCCUCCUUUCAAAGCCUCUGAACGAGUCGAUAAACAGAAGAAACACUCACGUCCCGAAGACAGAAGGCGGUCACGGUCUAGAUCUCCACGCCGCAGACGGUCUCGGUCAAGAUCUAGAGAGCGGAGCCGCUUACAAGACAGGAGGCGUUCAACACGCUCCAGCAGCAGUGAAAGCUCAAGGAAUAGAAGAAAAAAGCACGAGAGCCGUGACCGCUAUGACAGUAGAGAGAAAGAGGGACCGAAAAGGUCCAAGAAGAAAAGAUACUCUCAUUCACGGUCAAGGUCUCGAUCUAGAUCCAGAUCAAGGUCCAGAGAGAGGAGGAGAGAGAGACCAUGUUCAUAUAGUUCUUCCUCAAGAUCAAGGGAUAGAAAUGAAAUAAUAUCAAAAAGGAAAAGGUCUAGAUCAACGUCUAGAGACCAGAGGCGGAGAGAGAAUGUCUCAGAAGGCCCUCACCAUAGAGAACGGCACACUGACAAAAGUACAGCAUCCGCUUCUGCUGAGGAAAAGGAGCCGACUCGCAGUGUAGACAGAAACGCAAUCUUAGUGAAGAAAGAGUCACCGAAAGGACAUGAUGAAUUUGACGCUACACUUUCGGUCGUUUCAGUUAAAAAGGAGACUGAUUCCAGUAGUCAAGGGAGUUCACAAUUAAUCGAAGAGUCAGGUACGCAAAUUUUAGAGGAUGUUCUUUCGAUUAGUGUGUCACACAAAUCACAUGAAUCCAAACCUAUUGAAAUCAAAGAAGAAAAAGACUCUCCACUUAGUAAGAUUAAAGAGUCCCAGCUGCAAGAAGAUCAACUGCCAAAACAGAUCAAGGUAGAGCAGUUUUGGCCUGGUUAUGAGGACUCCUCCAGUGAUGAUGAUGAUGCUCUCGUGAUUAAUUUAUCCUCACCUGGCCCUGCACCUACUGAUGAAAAGUUGACUGACUGUGAAUCAGCAAACCUGGCUGUGGUUCCAAAGGAGGAGAUGGAGGAAGAACCUCUGCAAGCAUCGUGUCCAGUAAAACAAGAACCAGCAGACUCCUCAGAUGAAGAGAUCAAUGUGGAUUAUUUGAUUGACAACUUGGACUUUAUUAAGAAGGAGAUGAAGGAUGAGCCAGUAGCUAAUGCUGCAGGUGCUCUGGAGCCCCAGGCCGAUAUGGGCAAGGAGUCAGCAGGGGUUAAACAGGAGACCGAGUCAGUGUUAGUAAUAGCAGGCACCAAAGCCAAAUCACAGGGUAAACGAGUCACUUGGAAUAUACAAGAACCUGUGGUGUCCCAGCCAGACAAAAUGAGCAAGCUUGCACUAUUCAAGUUGAAACUGAAGCAGGAAGGGUCCCGUAAAGCCGCUUCAUCCUCCUCCAUGCAGAUCACCGGCCAGGUGGCAGCUGCUGUCCAGGGUGGGUCUAAAGCAGCAGCCAUGAGCAUCAGUUCUCCAGCACUGGAAGGGAGGUCGAACUCUAGCCAGGAGAAAUCAAAAUCUCGCAAAGAGGAGCUGUUGCAGAAUCCUGAUCAGAAAGACAAGUACAUGAAGAAGCUUCAUAUGCAAGAACGGGCCAUUGAGGAGGUGAAGCUGGCCAUCAAACCCUUUUAUCAGAAAAGGGACAUAACAAAGGAGGAGUACAAAGAGAUCUUGCGCAAGGCUGUCCAGAAGGUGUGUCACAGCAAGAGUGGUGAAAUUAAUCCAGUGAAGGUAGCCAACCUGGUAAAGGCAUAUGUGGAUAAGUACAAACAUGCCAGGAAACACCGUAAAGCUGAAGAGAAGCAGAGUGCUGAAGGCCACAAAGAUUCAGAGACUCCUGGCUGAUCAGUAAAGUCAAUACACACCCUUCUAUUAGUUCAACUUCUCUAAAGGGUCGUCCAUUUCAAACUGAAUUUAAUUCGUCGUAUUCUUUGCGAGAGUUUCUGACCUCUGUAAAGCUACGCAAGUAAGGAAUUAUUGGUCUGGGAUGAACAAAAACAUUUUACAGUGUGGGUGUGUCAUGGAAGUAUGGUAUGCCUUUAAGCAUUUUAUACACUAUUGUUGAUGAUGGUAUAGGAUUUUUUUGGUCUUUGUCAACCGGAUCUGUUUUGAAAUGUCUGAUGAAUCUAUGUUACCAAGCAAAUGCAAAUCAUUUAAAAUUGCACCACCGAAGCUGCUCCUUUUUCAGUGUCCUGCUGUCAUUAAUACUUUGAGAACUGGAAAAAAAUGACCUUUUCAGAUUAACAGUUGUUCAGUAUAACAGAAUUUAGAUAUCGAUAGUGUAGAUGUAUAUUUAGCACACAGGGCUUGCUAGAUAUUCAAAUCUGAAAAUGUACACACCGGAUUUUGUCAUUACGGUCAGUGUCCAGACUAGCUUCAGGAUGGCUGGUGUUUCAGGUGUCACAUGGUAUUUCUUUUUUUUUACAGUGGAAAAAGUCCUGCCUAGUUUUCCAUGACCAUAGAAUGUCUGCGAAGAAAUGUUUUGUAAAUUCUUACAAUCACUAGAGAGACUAUUAUAGUAUUAAUGUCACUGUCCAGCCUUUGCUGAUUUUAGACUAGUAUCACCAUCACAAAUAAAUCUUUUUUUGGUCUUUCCUUUUAAGAUUCUUUUACAGCAAAUAAAGAGAAGACUUUAUAUACAAGAUCGAGGAACACUGUAAGAAUAGUGUAUGAUUACUCAGUGGAAGUUUCAGUUAACCUAAAAAAUCUUUUGAUUAUAUUACUUAAACCAUAUAGAAAUUGUUUAACAAGCCGUAUAAAAAUGAUGUAUUUAGAUCGUUUAUCUAACAUGAUCGUUACCUCCAUUAAUUGUUUUCCCCUUCAUUGUUUCUGUUGUAUAUUGCCUGAAAGUUGAUUUGCCAAUUAUAUAUUUAUGUUUUUGUACAGAGAUUUUAAGUGUAAGAGAAGACAGAGAGUUGUGCUAUAGGGUGUCUUGGGAAUAAAGUGUCUUGAACAUUUAUUCCUAUAAAAUAACUGACAGAUUCGUCUUUGGGACAGAGGGAGGAUCUUUUUUUAACAAGGUGCUUGUUUAUUUAUUUAAUUCUAUGGUGUGUGUUUAAUUUUAGCAUCAGUCAUUUGAAAUCGGUGAAAAUUAUGGCAGAGUAUAUUCAUAUAGUUUUUUUUUUUUCCCCCCAUUUACUUCCCCUGUUUUGACUGGUAACUGCAUUUAAAGACAGAAUUAGUCUAAUAGGCUUAUAGAAGCAGGAAAUAAUGGUUUCAUAGUUGAUGAAGGCAGACUGUUGAUCCUCCUUGUGUGAAAUGUGCUGCCUUAAUAUUAUUAUUAUUACUGAUGGGAUUGUACUUGAUUCUCCUUGUGAACAGGAGAAUCCAUUCUGCUGAUUUGUAAAUACCUUUCUUUAACAAUUUAUUUAAUAAAAAUGAAAACAAA